AUAUGAAUUUCAUUCGUAAUCUCGUCGCGUGAUGGUUCGGUUCGUAGCAUUUUUCGUAACGGUGCUGCUAGCUUCAAUUGUUCCGUUUUCAAACGGAACAAACAUAUUAUGUCUGAUGGGUGUCCCCAGUCCAAGCCAUCAUAUCUGGAAUCGUGUUCUGAUGGAAGCAUUGGCUGCCAAGGGAUACAAUUUGACAAUCGUUUCUCCGGAUAUUGAGAAAUCGCAGAAGCCGAACUUAACAUACAUCCACCUGGAGGAAACUUAUCCCGCCAUCCACGAAGGAGAUACCGCUAUUGAUCUGUAUGCGAUGGCUCAGGAGGGUUUAGUGCAGAGUUUGAUGACGUUCUAUAAGUAUGCCAUAUCGAUGUGUGAAGGGGUGUUAAAAUCGAAGGGACUGCAAACGAUUUUGGAUUACCCAGACGGUUUCAAGUUUGAUUUAGUGCUGUAUGAUUUUACCUGUGGACCAUGUUUGAUGGGACUGUUCGAUAAAUUUGGACAACCUCCGCUUAUUGGAGUGACGGCGUUCAACAUCCCACCUUAUACAGUCGAUUUGAUUGGAGGCCACAAAUAUCCAGCUUACAUUCCCUAUUACACACUAACGUACGAUACAGACAUGAACUUCUUUCAAAGAUUGCAAAAUUCAUUCAUAUAUACUGUAGAUUAUUUGUAUCGAAACUAUGUUUUCAUUCCGAAAACCGAUCAAGUGAUUCGCAGGAACAAUGCUUUUAAGGACACGCCAUAUCUUGGAAGUUUGGAUAGGAAAAUGAUACUGAUGCUUGUCAACUCGCACCAUUCGGUAGACUUCCCCGAGCCUAUUCCAACGAAUAUGAUUCAGGUUGGAGGAUUACAAAUUUUACCCUCAAAACCACUUCCCGCAGAUAUUGAAAAAUUUAUUCGCGCUGGUCGGAAGGGAGCUAUUUUGUUUUCUUUGGGCACUAAUAUACUUAGUUCAGACUUGGGCGAAGCACGUAUCGCUAUGUUUCUGGAUGCGAUCAGACAACUUUCUGAUUAUAAUUUCUUGUGGAAGUUCGAGACUGAUCUCAGCAACUAUAACAUACCAAGUAACCUCAUGAUGCGAAAAUUUUUACCUCAAAAUGACAUUUUGGCGCACCAAAACACUAAAUUAUUCAUCACACACGCGGGAUUACUUAGCACUCAUGAGGCUACCUGGCACGGAGUUCCUAUGGUCGGAAUACCGUUCAUUGCGGAUCAAUAUCGAAACCUCGAAAAGUCGCUGCGAGCCGGUAUAGCCGAACGUUUGGUGGUUUGGACGGUGACAACAGACCAAAUUGUUCGCACGGUUCGGAAGGUCCUCGAAGAAUCAUCGUAUCGGAUGCGAAUGCGGGAGAAAUCUUCACUGUUCCGAGAUCAACCGGAAAAGCCGCUUGAUCGUGCACUCUGGUGGAUUGAUUGGGCGUUGCGACAUCCGAGCGUGGAUACAGUGCAAUCACCAACGCUGCGAUUGGGAGUUUGGAUAAGUGAACUUUACGAUGUGAAGUUAUUCAUAGUGAUUGCUUGUGUUACGAUGGUUCUCCUUGUUGGAGCUGUGGUGCAAGGGCUCAGCAAUUGCGGCAAUGCACCGAAAUCAAAGAAAAAAAUUCAUUGAUUUGUAUUGUUGUCUGGUUCCAGGGAUCGAAGGAAUUGUUUUGUUUAAAUAGUGAAUAAAAAUAUUUUUUACAGUAUGGUGUUA